AUGGGGGACAGAGGGGUGGUGGGAGUCGCGGACGACAUGGGGGAGGGCAUGCAGUGCAUGGACCACCCUUACCGUAGCAACCUGGGCGGGGUGUGCGCCUUCUGCUUGCAGGAGAAGCUGGGCAAGCUGGUCGUCUGCUCCAAGUCCAGCCCCUUCUCCCCCCUCCAGCCCCCGCCAUCUUCCUCCUCCUCUUCCCUCACGUCCUUCCGCUCGGACGCCGGCGCCGCUGUCGGAGGACUCGGGCUCGCCUCGGGCCACUCCUGUACGGGUCCUGGUGCCGCCGCCGGUGCCCGCAGAACUAAGGUGCCCUUUUUGGUGGCCAGCCACAAGCAGAAGAGCGGCGGCUACGACAACGGGGGAAGGAAGGCGAUGUCUUCGGUCGCCAUUGUAGCUGGCGCUACGGUCGGUUCUACCUCGGCGGCGAACGACAGCGGCAUUGUCCUGAAGCGGAGCAAAUCUGUGGCGCCGAGAGCUGCAGGCCUUGCUCUGCAGGAUGCUGCUGCUGCUGCUGCUGGUCGUCGCCGCAUGGCCGACGCCGCCGUGGCUGAUAGCCCUCGGAAAAAGAGCUUCUGGUCUUUCCUCAAUCUCUCCUCCGUCUCUUCCACCUUGACCACCUCUUCUUCUGCUACCACCAACGGCAGCAGCAGCAUCGACGUCAACAGGCGAAGAUCCACUUCAUCCUCCUCGGUCGGACGAUGCGACAGAAACGUCAAGAAGCAGCAGCGGCAAGCGAGUGCAACAGAGAAAUCUGUGGGCAAGGAGGAAGCCGAGACCGCCGCCCUCAAGCAACCGGAAAACAGCGGGCAGGAGGCGGAGAGCCCGAGCGGAAGCCAAGCGUCGUCCUCGUUCGGGAGGAACGUGGCCCGAUCCAGAUCGGUGGGUUGCGGCAGCAGGAGCUUCUCGGGGGACUUCCUGGAGCGCAUCUCCACCGGGUUCGGCGACUGCAGCCUCCGGCGAGUGGAAUCCCAGCGCGAGGCCAAGCCCAAGAUCGUCCUCCACCUGGGCCACGACUACCACGACGGUGAGCAGAAGCGUCCGAGGAUGAAGGAGCGGGUCAGGUGCGGAGGGCUCUUCGAAUUGAUGUCCGCGUACUGGCUCUCUGCGGCCGCUGCCGACGACGACUUCGAUAGCAGCAGCAGGAUCUCGGCGGCAACCCCGGCUGCCUCCGCCACGACCGCCGCGCGAGGCCGUACCAGGAGCUGGGGUUUAUCCUUUGCGAGCCCAAUGAGAGCUUUCAGGCCGCAUUCCACCUCCUCCAAGUCUCUCUAUGCCAUCGACAACGCCGCUUCCGCAGCGCCGUCGACCAACAUCAUCUCCAUCAAUGCCAGCACGAAGAUGGUCAAUGGUGGCGGCAUCAAAGGUAACAAACUUUCCGGUAAUCCUUCCUUUCUAGCUGUGGAAAUCUAGCGAAAACACCGGCUUCCGUUCUUCUUCUUCCUCGCUUCCACAACAAUCUUUGCUUCACUGUUGUCCAUUAAAUGUCGGGCGUUUGCUCGUCUAUUAUUACUCUAAUCACCAUAAUCCCACCGUAUUAAUCCAUCUGUUAGCCGUUUAUAGGCUAAUCACAUUA